AGCCCUCCAACUGCAGUGGACGAUGUUAGUGAGUGGGGUCGUCUGUUGACAAGGGAAGGUGACAUUAGGAGUUCAUUUUACCAAACCAUUCUAAACGGGUUUCGUUUAGGUUAGAACAUGUCUUCUCUUGGCAGCGCUUUGCGGCUCCUCCGGGCGGGGGCUAGCGCUCUGAGAAGUGGCCCUCAGAAGACCUUCUACCGGAGGGCCGGCGGGGGCCCCCACAUAGUGCCGCAGUACCGGCAGUACCCCCAGGUCACUAAGAACCAGAAGCUCCAGGCUGAGAUUCUGAGCAGUACGAUGUGGUUCUGGAUGCUCUGGCACUUCUGGCACAGCUCAGACGACGUUCUGGGUCACUUUGCGUGGCCGGACGCGUCCCAGUGGACUGACGAGGAGCUUGGCAUCCCAGCAGACGAUGAGGAAUAGUUCUGAGAGAUGGCACUCCGACAGAUCCCAGGGUUCGUCUGUCCAGCUAGAUGUCAUCCAGACAGACGAAAGCUUUGUUGUACAUAAUAAAGAUUCCUCAUGUAUUCUCACCAUGUUGUCCUGGCUUCUAC